GUUAAGCUAACAAAUCUUUGAAAACCAACGGAAGAAAUUCAUCUUAUAGAUUUGGGAUGCAAUUUUUUCCUUAUCAAAUUUCAUUAUGAGGAAAAUAUGUAUAAGACUUUACAUGAAGGGUCUUGGUUCAUACUUAACCAUUUCCUCUAUGUUCGUCGCUGGGAGCCUAAGUUUAUUGCUUCAACUUCUAUUACAAGGGAGGUAUGCCCGAAUAUGCAUUGAGGUGCCCUUGGAAAAACCUCUCAAAACCCAUGUCCAUAUAGGCACUCACAAACAGGUUCUACUCUAUGAAGGGUUAAACAUACUCUGUACAAGGUGUGGAAGAUUUGGGCACGCAAGUUGGAGUUAUCAAUUUUUUCAAACACCACCCCUAAAUUCCAUACCAACUACACCUACCAAUACAUCACAUCCCUCUUCUACAACAUUCAUCCCUUCAACAAAGAAAUCAGAAUGGAAGACUGUUAGUUUUCCAAAAAGAACUAAUGCAAGAUACAACAAAUACAACCAGCGUAACCAAACAGAUGAACCCCAUAAUCUCCAAUUGGCUGACCAGAUAAGAAAAGGGAAGGCGGUGGACAUGACAAUCACACAGGUAACACCAGAUUUUGUAACUGUGGAUGAUCGCAAUAACUACAUAGGAGGUACACUGCAUGGUACAGGUACCUCCUGGACCAACUGCAUAGUGCUACUAUUGCACAUACCUACAGGGAGGGGAAUGAGGUGGCUGAUGGUUUAGCAAAGGCAGGGUGCAACAUGAACUCUACUACAACUACAUCCAUUUUUGAAGAGCCUCCGGAUUUUGUCAGAAUCUUUUUGCAAAGGGAUCAGGCAGGGGCAAUUCGUCUUAGGAAGACAACAUGCACACACCAGCAACAAGAGGAGGACAUGCAUCGCAACACUUUUCUAACAAAUGCCCAUGGACAACAACUACAUGCUCCCAAUCAGGAGCGGAUUUAC